GACUGGAGAUUUCAUGCUGUUUCUGUUGUUGUGAUGGGUGGGUCAUUGCUUUCUAUGGGAAUACCUGAUAAUUCACUACAAGAUUUGAUACAGAAGGUAGAUUCAGAUUGUGGGCAGUUCGUAGACAUGGACAAGUUACUGGAAUUCGGAAGGAGAGCAAUGUUCUAUGUCAGGGUUCUAUCAGGAUACGAGGAGCGUCGCAUCAGAUCUUAUAGAUUGCAGCUUCAAAGGCGUCUCCAAGAGGUUCUUUCCCCUUCCGCCUCACUCCUCACCUUUAGAAUUUGA